AUGUCUCUUUUUUCUUUUUCUACAUGUGUGUUAAAGAGUGAUGUUUGGCCUUUGAAUUUAACUACUGCAUCAUCAUUUGUUUUACCUAAACAACUGAUACCUUACACACAAUAUUUUGAAGUGUUCUACAAAGAAAAAUUUAAAGGACGGGCUUUAACAUGGAUUCACCAUAUAUCUCGAAGCGAGUUAAUAUUAAAUUAUUUAAAAAAAACGUAUAUAGUUAAACUACAUAUGUUUCAAAUGUCGAUAUUUUUAUUAAAUUGA